AUGAUGAAACAAGAAACAACGCAAGAUUUAAUGACAAAUUCUGCUACCGGUGUUAACCAAUUAGCUCAACAAAUGAGUCAACAUUUGAACGUUUGUCAGGAGAAACCGUCAUCCGCGGCGGCUGAUACGACGGUACAACAACAGCCUAAAAAGAAUGCUGCUUCGGGAGCAAGAAGACAAGAGAAACCGCCAUACUCCUAUAUAGCAUUAAUUGUCAUGGCUAUCCAGAGUAGUCCAACUAAAAGGUUAACUUUGAGUGAAAUUUAUCAAUUCCUUCAGCAACGAUUUCCAUUCUUUCGAGGUACUUACAACGGUUGGAAGAACUCAGUUCGACAUAACUUAAGUUUAAAUGAAUGUUUCAUAAAGCUUCCUAAAGGCUUAGGAAGACCAGGUAAAGGCCAUUAUUGGAUGAUAGAUGAACGUAGUGAACAUAUGUUCGAGGAAGGUAGCUAUAGGAGAAGACCGCGAGGAUUUAGACGAAAAUGUCAAAUGAAGCCUCAGUAUUCUCAUCCACAUUUAACACCAAGUGGAUUUUAUACCGCUCCACCUUAUGAUCAAAGUUUAGUGUCAGCCGCAACUGCCGUCGGUCAGGACUAUCAAAAUUGUGGGGGCUAUCCUCAGCAAAUGUAUCAGCCUUAUAAUGAUUAUCAAAGCCAUGCUUACGGGCAAACAGCAGAUUCCUGGACGAGUACGCCUUUUUCAAUGGAUACCACGUUUGUGAAACAGUCAACCAGUCCAAUUCCGCAACAAGAUCAGCAUAAUAUUUCUGCGACAUCCACUAUGCCUACUGGACAUCACACACCACCUAUGAUGGACCCAUUUUCAUACACUGGAGCAUAUUCCACGACAAAUCACGGUGCUCCAUCAUUGACACCAAAUGUAUCCUCCACGAUGCCUCUGUACAAAUCCUACGCAGCAAUGACACCUUCUCCUUCGCUGCCUUCGCCAUCCUCAACUUUGCCUACAACAUUACCAGGAGGUCCAGUUACUUUAACCUCCAGUAAUUCUAUGACACCGAUUAGUUCUUACUAUGAUCAUCGUAUCAAGUAUGCGUAA